AUGGAUUCACCUUCAGGGGUUUCCUGGGUCCUGCUGAAUGGCUCCGAAUUAUACAUCAUCCCAGAUCUUUGGGAAGAUUCCAUACGAGGGAAUUUCGCGGCAUACAGCCAGUAUUUUGACCUAUUAGAUCCACCAUCCGGCCUUCCCAUGAGCCAAGCCGCCAUCCAGCUCGCUCAAUCAAUAUUUCCAAUCAUCAAAUUGGCCAAGCUCUUUUUUGCCAAAUUAUCAAGAAAGCCAGUGAAAGGAAAACCGGUACCACUCUUUACCGAGAUGUCUUCUCAGCAACUGUAUUCAUUACACAAAUCAUCCGAAGAAUAUGGAGAAUCCAUGAUGGAUUUGGUGUUUCACCUGGAAGAAGCUGAUCUCCAUCCACACACUUCUCUCUCCCUCAUUCGAGAUAUCCAAGUCCUGUCAACUCACUUUCAAUCUUAUGUGCCUCUUGCAGCACUUUACAUUGCUCCUCUAUUCCCAGACAUCAAUGGAGUUUCUGCUCAAAUUUAUUUCAAAACUUGGUUUAUCACGUGGAACACUUUGUUCUUUACAGCUAGUGAAAAUGAUAUCCAAGCUGCCAAUGUCUUUGCUCAGAAUCAUGACAUCUAA